AUGUUUGGCCGAUCCGCACCCAAAUUUGAUCCCGCAAAGGACAUCCCCAACCAGGCCGGCAGGAUCGCCUUCGUCACGGGCGGCAAUGGAGGACUCGGUUUGGAGACGGUGAUCCAGCUGGCCAAGGCCGGGAUGGAGCGCAUCUUUAUCGGAGCGCGCAACGAGGAGAAGGCACUAAAGGCCAUCAAGGAGAUAUCGACCAAUCUCAACUGCAGCACCACGUUCACGUUUGUCAAGAUGGACCUGACGUCCUUUGACAGCGUCUGUCGGGCGGCGGACCAGGUCAUUUCGCAAACGGACAAGCUCCACCUGCUGAUCAACAACGCCGGCGUGGUGGGCACGGCUCCCGGGCUGACGCCCGAGGGCUACGAGACGCAGUGGGGCACCAACCACAUGGGCCACGCGCUCUUCACGCGGCUGCUGCUCCCGCUCCUCAAGCAGACGGCCGAGGGCGGGCGGGUCGACGUGCGCAUCGUCAACGUGUCGUCGCUGUCGGAGCGCAUGUGCGCGCUGCACGGCUGCGGCGACCUCGAGGUCUUCAAGCGCGCCGAGGCCAAGGGCCCGCUCUGGGGCGCCGGCCUCUUCUGGGGCUACGGCGCCUCCAAGCUGGCCACCAUCCUGCACGCGCGCAUGCUGGCCAAGAAGCACCCCAGCGUCAAGGCCGUCGCCGUCCACCCCGGCACCGUCAAGACCACCAUCACCGGCAGCUUCAGCAAGACCUCGCCCUUCAUCGGAGGCUACGUCAUGCCCUUCAUCACCGCCCUCUUCUUCGUCGACGUGUCCGAGGGCGCCAGGAACCAGCUCUGGGCCGCCACCAGCGACCAGGCAAACACCGGCGAGUAUUACGCCCCCGUUGGGCGCCCUAAUAUGGGCUCGGGCAAGUCGAGGAAUAUGAAGGAGGCCGAGAGGGUCUGGGAGUGGACGGAAAGGGAGUUGGAUGCUUAUUUACGAAAGACGGGUCGUUGA